CUCAAAGGUUCAAAUCAUGAAUUACUUCAGCAACGAGCGAUGGUCACAAAAGCUUACAAGUAUAAUUUUGGCCGUACGUCCGUGGUCUUUCUCGGCGUCCGUAACAAGCACUUUGCUUGGACUUUGCCUCGCGUGGAAAGAAAAUAAUAGUAUCGACAUUAUCCAAGCGAUCUUUACCAUUGCAACAGUUUUAUCUAUUCACGGCGCUGGGAAUUUGGUAAACACGUACUAUGACUUUAUCAACGGUUUCGAUACAAAGGAUUCUGACGACAAAACUUUGAUCGAUAAAUCGCUUUCACCAAAUGAGAUUGUAGCAUGUAUUACGGAGUCCUAUAUAAUGGGAAUCAUGUGCUUUGUUGCCGUUUAUCUCCGCUCAGAUGGAAACACUCUGCCGAUGAUUGCUCUGUUUCUAUGCGGAGUACUGAGUUCGUUCAUUUAUACUGGAGGAAUCGGCUUAAAAUAUAUGGCACUUGGUGAUAUCCUGAUCUUACUAUCGUUCGGCGCUCUGACUACCGUGUUCGGUUACUUAAAUCAAACCGGUGAAAUUUCACUCGGAGUUAUCAUCUAUGCAAUACCCUUGGCACUUAACACAGAAGCCAUUCUACAUGGGAACAACACACGUGACCUGGAAAGUGAUAAAUCAGCUGGAGCUGUGACAUUGUCCAUUCUACUUGGCAAGCAGUACGCGUGCGCCAUGUACUGCUUACUUCUGAUUGGUCCAUAUGCUGUACUGUGUGUCCUGGCCUUAAAUUCUUCUUGGACUCUCCUGUUCCCUUUGGUAACAGCUCCUCUGGCUGUUCAACUCUCGUUCCAAUGUUUCCAUGGAGAUAUGACCAUGAUUCCUCAAAAAACCGCUCAGCUCAAUCUCAUGUUUGGUGUACUUUAUUUGACUGGGCUGAUUAUUUCAUAAGAUGUUUAGUCUGGCAGAAGUGUUUGAAUCAAUAUCUUGGUUGAGUAUAACUGGUUCUGCGGCUAAUAAUAAAUUUCCUGAAUCUCACUUUCACAAAUCGUAUUUAUAAUUACUGUUGAACUUGCGUUAACCCAGUAGGGUAGCUUCGUACAGGCGCGUAAGUGCCCUCGUUGAACUAACAGUGACCACGGGAUUGUCUGUCGAGGCCUAUGGCUCGAUGUAAGCCGUUAUCUCGGUCCUCUCUACAAUCCUCCCAAGGAGUGGGAAGGAGCGUUGUAAUGGAGCCUGCCGAAGAAACCCUACCGAGUCCGCUACAAUACAACUUCGCAGUUUGUCAACUUUUAGUUAGCUUUAUUUUUAACAAGGGGUUUUGAUUUUGUAGAGGCUGAGACGUCUGUAAUGAGUUUCUACUCUUGA